UGUAGCUCUCUCCCGAGCUAUAUUCUUGAUCCGUGGGUAUGGAACUCAAGAAAUAAGUACCAUUGACAUCGCAAUGGAGCUCAUCCACGAAACUGGGCAUCUAUCUCUCGAAGUGAUAGAGAUCGUGUUGGAUUGGAUUCGGGCCUUGCUCGACCUUAUAGACAAUUAUCACAAGGUACUCCAUUGCACGGCCGAGGCGAUUGUGUCCUACACGCAGGCUUCUCUUACAGUUCCAUUCCAGCAAAACGAUCGAAUCGCGUGCUCGAAUCAUAAUCUUUUUUUCCGGGCAAACAGUCAUUGUCCGCCCCAGCUUUGUAAAGCCAUUUCGAAGUUCUUGUCUCUCUUUUCCUCUGGCAGGCUACACGAUAAAUCGACUUGAU